UUGCCCAUGCUGUCUGAGACUAUUAUACAGAUAGAAAGAUGAGUCCUCUUUCUACCUCUAUGCACCUCCCCUUCUUUUGAUUGGCAAGUUGUUUGUUUCACUGUUACCAGCUGCUGGACGAUUCCAAUCCCUGUCGGAGAGAAAACACGCGGAACGACAGUCCUUCUCAAUUUUCUUCCUCCCUGUUUACUUCAUUGUGCUUUCUUUUAUUUCACCCUGCUUCUGUCUUUUGCUCUCUUUUACUAUUUUCCUAAGUGGAUAACUUUUUCUUCUCCCUCCUUUGUUUUCUGCUCAGUUUCACGGUUUUUAUACGCUCUAGCUAUAUAGCAUAGGUAUAUUUAUUUAUUUUUAUUAGAAAGGAUAUAAUUUUUAUUUUAUUUAUUUAGAUGUUCGUCAAAUGAGAAGACGCAAAAGAUGGAGUUGCAUAUUUUAGAACACAGUUUGAAAGUAGCGAGUAUAGCAAAAGAGGGCAUUCAGAUUUGCACUCAUGGAUUAAUCAAACUCGCCUUCUUGCCCUCUAAAACAAGAUGCAAAUUUUUCAGUUUGACGGAAACUCCGGAGGACUAUACCCUUAUCGUCGACGAGGAAGGCUUCAAAGAACUGCCUGAGUCAGAGCACCUUAGUGUCGCCGAAGCCACGUGGUUGGCUCUCAAUGUGGUGUCGGGGGGUGGGAGCACCACCAACUCUCAGCCAAUCGGAGUCACCAAAAUAGCCAAGUCUGUCAUCGCCCCCUUGGCAGACCACAACAUCUCUGUGUUUAUGCUGUCCACCUAUCAGACGGACUUCAUCCUGGUUCGAGAGCGGGACCUGCCCAUGGUCAUGCACACCCUGUCUUCUGAGUUCACCUUGAUGAGGGUGGUCAACGGAGAGACCGUAGCCGCCAACAGCCUAGGAGUCACCAACGGCUUUGUCAAGCCUAAACUUGUGCCCCGUCCCAUCAUCCACCCUCUGUCCAGCCCCAGUAACAUGUUCUGUGUGACCAGCCUGGACCCGGACACAUUGCCCUCGGUGGCCACCCUGCUCAUGGACGUCAUGUUCUACUCAGGCGGGAUAAAGGAGCCUGGGGCAUCUAGUGAGGACACUGGACACAUCCGCUUCUUCUCUUUCUCUCUGAUUGAGGGCUACAUCUCUCUCGUCAUGGACGAGCAGACGACACAGCGGUUUCCCAACAAUGUCCUCUUCACUAGUGCUUCAGGGGAGCUUUGGAAAAUGGUUCGCAUUGGAGGACAGCCUUUAGGAUUUGACGAGUGUGGUAUCGUGGCACAAAUAUCGGAACCCCUGGCGACUGCUGACAUUCCAGCUUAUUACAUCAGUACCUUCAAGUUCGACCAUGCCCUGGUCCCAGAAGAAAACAUCCAGAGUGUGAUUGGAGCUUUGAGGACCAAUGAGAGCGCAGGACAGUGAAGGCGAGGUGGAAAGAGACCGUAGAACGAGCAAUUUAUUAUGUCAAACUCUUACAAAAAAAAGUGCCAAGAGGGUAAUGCAAAGCUUGAGUCGUGUAGACGGAUGACUGUGUGUGCGUGCGUGUGUAGACAUGCUUUGUACAGCGACCAGCAAUGUGUCCCUCCUAUUCUGAGACGGUUCCAACUACACUCCAAACCACACCCACCACUCCCUUGAGCAUCCACUCUUACCCCAAACAACAUCCACCUCUUUGGGGACCCAAAGCAAGAGUGACUGCAGUGUUUUCUUUUCUCUCGCUCUAUUUCUUUCUCCUCUUCCUUCCCCUCAGACCAUUUCACCAUGGCAACGUGACCUACCGAAUUUGGGCCUAUUUCUUCGGCACCAGCCCCUGAGAUACUGCAAAGCGGCCCUCACCUCCUUUUACUCUUCAUGUGUCACCCACGCGGUCCAUGACUGCCUAUAGUGAUAGGUGUUGCUUUAGUAUACCAGACUUUCCUUCCUAACUUUACAUUGUUUUUCGCAAGCUGCUCUUUCCAUAACCAUCAUACUGUAUUAGUUACCAGUCCUCUUAUGGAAAGGAAGAGAAUGUACUUUACAAACAAUUAUCAAUAUUUCCAUUAUUCUUUGUAUUUAUUUUUCUCAGUGCCAAGAGGUUUUGAAGGCCUUGACCGAUGCCUUGUCUAAUGCUCAGCGUGUGUGCAAUUUCAGAUCAGAUUUUGUCAGAUGGGGAAAUGAGACUGGUGAAUGUUGCUCUGUUCUGGUGAUGAGCGUGAAAUGACAUUUACUGAUGAAUCGCAGAGCCACUGAUCUAUAGAACAUAUCAUAUAAAUAGUCUAGUCUAUAUAUAUGCCAAUUUUCAUGUAGUUUCGGGAGAACUAGGUUGAGUGCCACACCAUGCCUGACUCCAAACCGGUCCUUUACCACAAACAAGAAUAAUAACUUCAACGCUAGUAAAGCCAACGUGGUGAAGUGGUAGCGGCCUUGUCAUUUAUUCUGUUGUGAAUGUUUUUUUUUGUGGUCGUGGCUCAUUGAACCAGCCCUGCAACCCUGUUGUCAGUUUAGGCAAUCAUCCCCCACCCCAGUCUGCACUUUAAUACAGGUCCCUCUUUCUGACCUGCUAUACUGAUGUGAAAACAGGGGAAGGCUUAUUUUAUCCUUGAAGGAUUUCUUGAUAUGUAGACUUUUGUUGGUCUUAAACCAUUGGUGGGUAUUAUAUUCUCUGUCAAGCAAAAGCUUUCUUCGGUUAGCUUUGAUAUACAGAAACCAUGUAUUUAUCAGUGUUAACAUAAAGGGUGACAUUUUUUCUGAUAAAGAAAGUUAUUUGUUUUCAGCUUGUAGUGUGUUUGGUUUCGCAAGCCCCUCAACUUGAAUCUGUACCGUUUUUUUGUUUUGUCUUUAUUUCUAACAUUAGUCCACCAGACCCGUAGCCUAUUCAAAACCACUUUUGAUUCAAACCAUAUCAGAAAUUAUAAGACCGUUAUCCUAAUUUCGACGAAUAGAUUCUGACAGGAACGUGCAGCUUUCAGCAUUUACAUUACAUUUAAGUCAUUUAGCAGACGCUCUUAUCCAGAGCGACUUACAAAUUGGUGCAUUCACCUUAUGACAUCCAGUGGAACAGCCACUUUACAAUAGUGCAUCUACAUCUUUUAGGGGGGUGAGAAGGAUUACUUAUCCUAUCCUAUUCAGCAAUUAUGUAAUUUCAUAUUUACAUCAUUGGUUGAGUUAACACCUACGCUUAUACCUGGUGCUAACAUGGGUCCUUUAUCCUGAUCUUGUUUGCAUACACUUUAAUAGCAUGUGUAGAUGCAUUUCUGGAAAUGUGGGCACAAUCAGAAUGUAGACAAGAUCAGCACAAAGGACCCAUUUUAGCAACAGGUAUAAACGGGGCUUCUGAUUUAAUGUGAUGGGCUGGAAUGUAAACUUGUAUGCAUUGGGAGCUGCUGUUGGGAGUCCUUGUAUUGAGCUAAAUGCUGUACUACUAUUGGCUUAUUGCUCCAGAAUCUUUUAUUUGGCAGGGCUAGGUUUCCCCACUACAAUAUAUCCCGCUUAUAACAAUCGAAAGCGAUAGAUUGAAGUGGUCAAAAACUGAGAUCGAAUCAUUCUUAUUACUUACAAUGUGCAUUCAUAAAUUAUUCAAACCCCUUGACUUUUUCCACAUUUUCUUACGUUAGCCUUAUUUUAAAUUCUUUAAAAAAAGAUGUUCUCAAUCUACUUAAGCAAAACGUUUUUUUUAGAAAUGUUUGCAAAUGCAUUGAAAAUUCAGUUGAAGUAGGAAAUUUACAUACACCUUAGCCAAAUACAUUUGAACUGUUUUCACAAUUCCUGACAUUUAAUCAAAGUAAAACUUCCCUGUUUUAGGUCAGUUAGGAUCACCACUUUAUUUUAAGAAUGAAAUGUCAGAAUAGUAGUGAUUUUCAUUUCAGCUUUUAUUUCUUUCAUCACAUUCUCAGUGGGCCAGAAGUUUACAUGCACUCGAUUAGUAUUUGGUAGCAUUGCCUUUAAAUUGUUUAACUUGGGUCAAACGUUUUGGGUAGCCUUACACAAGCUACCCACAAUAAGUUGGGGGAAUUUUGGCCCAUUCCUCCUGACAGAGCAGGAUUAACGGAGUCAGGUUUGAAGGCAUCCUUGCUCACACACGCUUUUUCAGUUCUGCAGACAAAUUUUCUAUGGGAUUGAGGUCAGGGUUUUGUGAUGGCCACUCCAAUUCCUUGACUUUGUUGUCCUUAAGCCAUUUUUCCACAACUUUGGAAGUAUGCUUGGGGUCAUUGUCCAUUUGGAAGACCCAUCUUGCGACCAAGAUUUAACUUCCUGACUGAUGUCUUGAGAUCUUGCUUCAAUAUAUCCACAUAAUUUUGCUUCCUCAUGAAGCCAUCUAUUUUGAAGUGUACCAGUCCCUCCUGCAGCAAAGCACCCCCACAACAUGAUGCUGCCACCCCUGUGCUUCACGGUUGGGAUAGUGUUCUUCAGCUUGCAAGCGUCCCCCUUUUUCCUCCAAACAUAACGAUGGUCAUUAUGGCUAAAACGUUAUGUUUUUGUUUCAUCAGACCAGAGGACAUUUGUCCAAAACGUAUCAUCUUUGUCCCCAUGUGCAGUUGCAAACCGUAGUCCCGCUUUUUUAUGGCGAUUUUGGAGCAGUGGCUUUUUCCUUGCUGAGCAGCCUUUCAGGUUCUCUAUUUACUGUGGAUAUAGAUUAUUUUGUUCCUGUUUCCUCCAGCAUCUUCACAAGGUCCUUUGCUGCUGUCCGAGAUUGAUUUGCACUUUUCGCACCAAAGUACGUUCAUCUCUAGGAGGCAGAACACGUCUCCUUCCUGAGCAGUAUGACGGCUGCGUGGUGCCAUGGUGUUUAUUUGCGUACUAUUGUUUGUACAGAUUAACGCGGUACCUUCAGGUGUUUGGAAAUUGCUCCCAAGGAUGAACCAGCCUACAAAAAUUCUGAAGUCUUGGCUGAUUUCUUUUGAUUUUCCCAUGAUGUCAAGCAAAGAGGCACUGAGUUUGAAGGUAUGCCUUGAAAUAAAUCCACAUCUCCAAUUGACUCUAAUGAUGUCAAUUAGCCUUUCAGAAGCUUCUAAAGCCAUGACAUCAUUUUCUGUAACUUUUCAAGUUGUUUAAAGGGACAGUCAACAUAGUGUAUGUAAACGUCUGACCCACUGGAAUUGUGAUUAAGUGAAAUAAUCUGUCUGUAAACAAUUGUUGGAAAAAAUACUUGUCAUGCACAAAGUAGAUGUCCUAACGGGCUUGCCAAACCUUUAUUAUGUAUUUAUUAUUUAUUUGUUAACAUUAAAUUUGUGGAGUGGUUGAAAAACUAGUUUUAAUGACUCCAACCUAAGUGUAUGUAACCUUCUAACUUCAACUGUAAUUUAAAUAUUACAUUUACAUACACUACCGUUCAAAAAGUUUGGGUCACUUAGACAUUUCGUCCAUUUUAAAAUAUCAAAUUGAACAGAAAUACAGUUUAGACAUGAAUGUUGUAAAUGCCUAUUGUAUAUAUUUUUUUUAAUGGAAUAUCUACAUAGGUGUACAGAGACCCAUUAUCAGCAACCAUCACUCCUGUGUUCCAAUGGCACAUUGUGUUAGCUAAUCCAAGUUUGUCAUUUUAAAAGGCUAAUUGAUCAUUAGAAAACCCUUUUGCAAUUGUUAGCCAGCUGUUGUUCUGAUUUAAAGAAGCAAUAAAACUGACCUGAGACUA